CCAUAUUUCAUCGAUUAUUGUGCUAUCGCCGAUAAGACGGCAUGAUUGUGCAUACUUAAGUUAGACGGCAGCUCCAAGAUCUCGCUACAGGCGUCCGAACAGUGAAACGGUUAGGCACGAUGAUUUUACAACUAGUGGUGUGUUUCGUCUUUGUCAGUUUUGCACAAGCUGGCCCCAUCGAUCAAAGCAAGAUCGUCAAUGGUACGGAUGCGGCCAUCGAAAACUAUCCAUUUGUUGUGUCGCUGCGUGGAGCCAGCGGUGGUCAUUCGUGCGGUGGCAGCAUCCUGAACAAACGCUGGAUUCUCACGGCCGCCCACUGUGUCGACUAUACCACGCCACUUUACCAAACGGUCCAGGUAGGAAGGACCAACAUUUCGCGCACUGAGGACGAGUCCAUAUACGCGAUUGAGGAUGUUGUGAUACACCCGAACUACAAUCCGUCCGACAGCUACAUCGAUGACAUUGCGCUACUGAAGCUGCGCAAGCCUCUGGUGUUUAGUGAACAGGUGCAAGCCGUUCGGUUGCCAAAACGCUUCUUCGAGAUUGAUACGCUAGAGUCCAAUCAAGUGACACUCGUUGGAUGGGGUCGUAAUGCCUCCAACGGGCCGGUGCAAACAACUUUGCAGCAGAUCGAUUACUACGCAGUGCCGAACGAUCAGUGCAAUCAGAUCCACAGCAAUCACAUCUAUCCUACGCAAAUUUGUGCAGCCGAACCAGGCGGUGGAAAGGGACAGUGCAGUGGAGACUCUGGUGGGCCGCUGAUGUACAAACAGUUCCAGGUAGGCAUCGUAUCCUGGAGCGUAAAGCCAUGUGCCGUCGCGCCAUUUCCCGGCGUGCUCACCAAAGUUUCGUACUAUGUGGAUUUCAUCAAUCAGUAUGCGAGUGAAUACAACGCUUGAGAGAAACAACGGCGACGCCAUAUUUUCUAGCAAUUGUGAUCUGUUCACGCUCGUCGUGACCAGCUUACAAUUGCCAGGAAAAUUAAUUUAGGAACGAAGAUAAUCAUUAAUGAUUCUCGAUACACUACCGAAAAGUUGCUAAAAUGAAUCCUAAUUAUAUUGUAAUAUUCUGAAAAAUAAUGUCCAAAACUUUUCCACGGUCCA